AUGUAUUUGGAAAAAAAAAAAGAGGAAAUAUAUUUGGCAAAAGCAAUAUAUGCUUAUGGAAUAAAUUUAAAUGUGCAUAACCCAUUUCUAUUAUUAGAUAAUAAUUCGAUUUUUUAUAGUAUAGGAACCAAUGGGGUCGUUCAUAAUAUUAUAGACAAAAGCCAAAGAUUCAUAUUAAGUGAUGAUAAUUGUUAUAGUAUUAUAUGCUUAUGUAUAAGUGAGGAUAAACAAUUAUUAGCUUUAGGAGAGAUAUCUAUUAAUAAACCAUUUAUAUGCAUAUUUACAAAUAAAUAUAAAUUUAUUAAAAAAUUAAUAUUAAAUAUAUCAGAUAAUGAAAGUAAAAUUAUGAAUAUAUCUUUUUCUUCUAAAAAUAAAUAUUUAUAUUGUGUAACUAAUGGAUUUACAAAAAGUUUAUUUUUAUGUUAUGAUUGGUUUUCUGGAAAAUUAAUUUUUAGUAAAAUUUUUCCUUUUUAUGAAUUUAAUAAAAAUUGUGAAAUUUUUUUGAAUAAUAAAAAUUCUUCUUAUAUAGGAUUAAUAUCAACUUUUGUAAAAAAUGAUUUAAAUAAUGAGACAAAUGAAGAUAAGUUAUUUGAUGAUGAAAAGGAAUUACCAGAUGUGGGAAUAGACAGAUGUAUGGGUUCUGGGGAAGUUAUUCAUAGUGAUAGUAGAUGUGAUAAUAAUAUGAAUAAAGCUAAUCAUCAAUUAGGAAGAAAUAUAUUUUUGUAUCAUUAUACAAAUGAAAGUUUAACAGAAAUAAAAAUCAAAAAUAAAAAACUUGAUAAAAUUAAUAAUACCUAUACAUAUUGUUGUUGGGUAAAUGAUGGUAUUUUGUUAUUAAUAAAUAAAGAAAAUUAUUUAAUUUUUUAUAAUAUAAAAAAAAAAUUAUUAAAAAUAUAUAAGGAUCAUAUAGAAAAUAGUCAAAUAUUAAAAGUGACAUGUUUAUCAAAUGGGUUUAUUUUAUAUGAUAAUAAUUAUAUAUAUUUUUAUGAAGAAUCAAAUAAUAAAGUUAAUAAUGAUGGGUUGAAUUAUUUGUUAAAAUAUUAUGUCCAUUUUAGUUACAACAAUUUAUUUAAUGAAUAUUCUUUGCUUUCAUCUUGUGAGAGUUUCAUUUAUUUCAUUGGGCAAGAUGGUCAUAUAAAAAGGUUAGACAUUAAGAGGGAAAAAAUAUCUGUUUCAAAUUCGAACGAAAAGAAUGUUCAUUUAGGGAAGUUUUCUAAAAGGGGCCAAAAUCUCGAAAUUGGCCAAAAAAAUGGGGAAAAAAAUGGGGGAAAAAAUGGCGAAAAAAAUGACGAAAAUAAUGACGAAAAAAAUGGCGAAAAAAUUGACGAAAAAAUUGGCGAAAAAAUUGACGAAAAGAUUGGCGAAAAAUAUGAUGAAAAUUAUGAACAUUUAGUUAAAUAUAGCACAAAAGAUGAAGGAAGAAAUAUAGAAACAGUAUUGAAUAAUAUAAGCUCAGCGAAAAUAAAUGAUUUUGAUAUUUGCAUGAAAUGUCCAUUAAUAAUUUUAUGUUAUAAUGAUAAUACAAUAAAAAUAAUAAAUUAUAAAAAAAAAAAAUUAGUUAUCUCAAACUCAUUUAAUAAUGAACCAUUAAAAUUGUCUAUUCAUUGUUCUGGACAUUUAUUAUUAGUUUCUUUUACAGAUAGAUUAAGAUUAUUUCAUAUAUUAUAUAAUAAAUUAAAAAUAAAAAAAGAAUUAUUUUUAAAAAAUUGUUCAUGUUGUAAAUUUUCAAAUGGUGGAAAUUUAAUGGCUGUUUCAAAAAUAUCAACAAUAUACAUUUAUAAAACUUAUACAUAUGAUAUUUUAUUUGUUUUAAAAUCACAUGUUAAUUAUAUUACAGACAUAAUUUGGAGUCAUAAUGAUUUUACAUUAUUUUCGAUAGGAAAAGAUGGAUAUUUAUUUGAGUAUUCUUUAUAUAAUAAUGGAAAUAAAAAUAUAGAAAUUAUGCAUAAGGAUAAACAAUUUCUUAGCAUAGAUUUAGAAACAAUAGAAACGUCUGAAAAUGUAAAUAAUCGAUUAAAUAAUAAAAAUGAUAUGGAACAAAUUAAAUAUGAUAAUGAAUAUAAAAAUAAUAAUAAUUUAAAAACAAAUAAUGUUAAAUCUAUUUAUUUAUCUUGUAAUGAUAAAACUAUUAAACAAUUAUGUGAUUCAAAAAUAGAAUCUGUUUUAGAAUCAGAAUAUGAAAUUAAUAAAAUAUUAUUAUAUAAAAAUAUUUUUUUAAUUUGUUCAUAUUAUAAUGGUUUUUUUUCUAGAAUUCGAUUUUAUGUUUUACCAUUAUGUGGUAUUUAUUUAGAAAUCCCAUGUCACAUUUCUAGUUGUGUAAAUUUAAAAUUAGAUUGUAAUAAAGAAUUAUUAUUUAGUUGCUCAAAAAAUGGAGAAGUAUAUAUUUUUUCAAUUGAACAAAUAGAAAACUGUAUAUUGUUUCCAAGAAAUUUAGCAUCAAUCAAUAAUACACCUUCUGAAAAAGUUAAAGAAAUAAAUGGACAAAAUAAAAAGAGUUGUGAUGAUAGAAAAACAGAAGAUCAAAAUAAAAACGAAAAUGAUAAUGAAAAUAAUGUAAAUAUAUGUACAACUAUUACUAAACUAGAUAACACAAUAACACUUAAUGAUAAGUUAGAUGUAAGAUCAGAAAAAAUGAGUAUAUCAGAUUUAGCAAAAGAUAAAAAUUGUAAUUAUAAUAACACUAAAAUUAUUAUUAUAGAAGAUAAUGAUAAAAACUUAAAUAAUAAUGGAAAAGACAAAAAUGAAGAAUCUCAAGACAUAAAUAGUGAUGAUACAUUAGAUGGAAAUAGAGAAAUAAAUUACAGUUUUGCAAUAUACGAUUUGAAUAAUAAAAGUAAAUAUAUAUUAGAUGAUGUUGAAAAAGAGAAUAAUGAUAUUUUGAUAGAUUUUUGUUAUGUAGAAAAAAAAAAUAAUGAAUUGUUAGAUUUAGAAAAAAAGAUAAAAAAUUUAAAAAAUCAAAUGGAACUUGAAAUGAAAAAUAAAGAAUCUAUUUAUAAAAAUAUGAUAAAGAAAUUGAGAAAAGAAAAAGAUUUAGAAUUAAAAAAUUUAAUGAAAAUAAAUAAAAAUAUAAUUAAAGAAAAAGAAAAAAUGGAAAAUAAAUGUAAAGAAUCAUUAUUCGAAUUAGAAGAAAAACAUAUAUAUUUUGUAAAUCAACUAAAUUCACAAUUUUAUUUAACUAAUAAAAUAUGUGAAGAAAAAUUUUUAAAAAUUGAAGAAGAGUUUGAUUUAUAUAAAAAAAAUACUACUUUAGAAUUUUUAGAAUUAAAAAAAGAACAUGAAAUAAAAAUGAAUUUAUUAAUACAAGAAAAAAAUGAUGAAAUACAAAAAAAAGACGAGUGUCUACAAAAAAGUGAAGAAAAAUAUGAACAAAUGAAAAAGGAAAAGGAUCAAUAUAUCAAAGAAAUAGAAAAUGAUGUAGAUGAAGAAAUUCUUUUAUUAACUAAAAAGUAUGAAGAAGAAAUUGAUAAUUUAAAAAAAGAUAAAUAUGAUUUGUUAGGAAAAUUCAAGUUGCAUGAAUAUAUAGAAAACGAACUUAAUGAGGGUAUUAAUCUCGAAAAAGAUAAAUUCUUAAAAAAAUGUAUAAUGAUAAAGAGGAUGGAAGAGAACAUUGAAAGCCUAAAACUCGAUAUAAAGAAUCUGAACGAUAAUAUUAAAUCCAAGGAUACCGAAAUUGAUGGAAAAAACAAAGAAAUUGAUAAUUUAAAUAAAAAAAAUAACGAAUUUGAAAAACUGAAAAUAGUUUUAUCCCAAAAAAUAAAAGACUUGGAAUCGACUUUAUCGCCAAAAGAUUCAGAAAUAAAAGUGAUGAGAGAUAAAAUCGAUGAAAUGUCAAAAUGUUUUGAAAAUAAUCAUAAAAAAACUAUUAAUUUACAAAUAGAAAUAAAUGAGCAUAAAAUGAAAAUAAAAGCAUUACACGAUGACGUAUUAAAUUAUAAUAAAAGAAUUGGAAACUAUGAAAAAAUUUUUAAAAAUUUACAAGAUCAUAUCAAAGAAUGCUACUUACAUUUACAUGAUAAAAAAAUAUUUAAUUCAUCCUUUUUAAAUCUUUACAAUAAAUUUCACAAAAUUAACGAUGUUCAAAAUUAUGAUACGAAAAAUGUUUUUUCAGAGUAUAUUAGACAAAAGGAAUAUUUAGAAAAUAUGAUACAAGUAUUAAAAGAUAAAUUGGAAAAAGAAACGGAAGCUUAUAGAAUAGAAAAAAUUAAAAUGAUGAAUGAAAAUUCGUUAUUACUAAAAGAAAUAAAUGAUUUAAAAAUGGAUUUAAACUUUUUAAAAUCCGAAUUUCAUGAUGCAAAACUUAAAAACAGAAAAACUCGUUUUUAA